UCGGCCUCUGCCACAAAUUGCCAGUGUAGCUUUGGGCAAAUCGUUUCCCUGCCUCUGUUCUCCUCCUCUUCUUUGCCCGUGACCCAGCGAGGGCUUGCCUGUGCCGAGCUGUUGGUGCAAACCCUUCGCCUUCCCCAACCACCCUGCGCACAGCACUCUGAACCCCGCGCUAGGUGGUGCCUCGAUGCUCCGAGGGGGAUACGGUCGGACAUUCAAACGCUGCUUGCUGGAGCCGGUAAUACAGAUGUAGCAGCCUCGCGACGAUUCAUCCAUCUCUAAUCCUUAUCCCUCUUCUAAUCCAGUCGUUCUCCGCUGCUCAUCAAAUCGCCCGGCAUCGCCCGAGCGGUGCUUGGCUGCGUGGCGGCCCUCGUGUCGGCCAGCCCACGUCAAGGCAGGGAAGCGGUGGCAGCGAAGAUGGGCUGAGUGUCACCAGCUCUUCAGGACAGAGACCGUCUGUCACUUGAGGCCAAAUUAUGUCGGUGCCGAUGCUCCUGGCAGCCCGGAGCCGCCACGGGUCCCGCUGACAGCGAUGUAGAGGCGGCGCCGGCAGAGCCCGAGAAGCCCCGCGACAUGGAGGAGCUGUACAAGGACACCCCGAACCUGCCCAUGGACGUCACCAGCUCGCCCUCGGCCAUGGCCAACAACAAGCUGGAGAACGGGGUGGCCCAGCUGAUCACGGCGGAGGCCUGGAACAUCAACUCCGCCGACUUGAUGAAGAAGGCCUUGUCCCCUCUGGUGACCGUCCCCGCGCCCUCCAUCCUGACGCCACCGGCCGAGUCACAGAGCGGGGUGGCCCUGAAGGUGGCGGCCACCGUGCUGCAGCCCAUCUGCCUGGGGGACAGCCCUGUCGUCCUGCCCAUCCACCUGCAGGUGGCCGGCAGCGCCGCCCCACAGAUGCCGGCCACCAACGCCGCCACCCCCUACGUCAUGACCACCCAGGGCCCCGUCCCACUGCCCGUCCUCCUGGAGCAGCACGUCUUCCAGCACCUGAACUCGCCCCUGGUGCUGCCCCCGGGGGCCACCUGCCCCGCCAGCCCCCUGCACGCCGGCCUCUUCCCCCCCACCGCCACUGCCCCCGUUGGGCAGCCCCAGCUCUUGGACCCCAAACCCUCCAGCCAAGCCCAGGAGCCCGUCCUGCCCCCCGUCUUUCAGACGCCGGGAUUCGCCGCCGUCCUUCAGGACCUGUUUCCCUCGCAGGGCGCCCUGGGCUCUGCCCCCUGCCAGCCUCCCCCCGACUACGCUGCCCUCCCGCCCCAGGCCUUCAGCUCGCCCCUCUCCCCGCUGGUCCCCCCCGCCACGCUGCUGGUGCCCUACCCUGUCAUCGUGCCCCUGCCUGUCCCUGUCCCCAUCCCCAUCCCCGUCCCCAUCCCCGUGCCCCAUGGCGCCGAGGCCAAGGCGGCCCCCGACCUGCCCAAGCCGCCGCUCUUCACCCCCCACUCCUGCAAGGGCACCCAGACCCCCCUGGAGAAGGAGGAGACGAAGCCCUUCGACCUCCUCCACCCGCGGGAGUUUCCCCAGCUGAGCCGCCACACCGUCAUCAAGAUGGGCGGCGAGAACGAGGCGCUGGACCUCUCCAUGAAAGGGCCACCAGCACCCCGGGCCGGCGAGGCCGCCCCGCCACCACCGCCGCCACCACCGCCCCCUGAGGACGGGGCCCUGGACCUGUCCCUCGCCUCCUGCCGCAAGCCAGGGGGGUCCCACGGGGAGGCGGCCACCGCCGUCCCCACCGCCACCGCCGAGGCUGGCGUUCACCCCGUGCCGGACAAGCUCCCCGGCCCGGCCGCCCCCUUCGUCCCCUGCAAGCCCCAGGAGGCGUCUGGCAAGGGGACGGGCGGGGGAUCGUCCGAGCUGCUGCGGCAACCGCAGAAGUGGCUGGUGGAGCCGGCGGGCAGGGCGGGCUGCGAGCCCAAGGCCGGCAACAACAUCGAGAUCGUCAGCACCUCGCAGACAGCCAAAGUCAUCGUCUCAGUCAAGGACGCCGUGCCCACCAUCUUCUGCGGCAAGAUCAAGGGCCUGUCGGGGGUCUCCACCAAAAACUUUUCCUUCAAAAGGGACCUGCCCCAGGACUCGGUGCUGCAGUGCUAUGACGUGAAGAGCCCGCCCGAGCCCCGGGAUGCUGCCGAGGCCCUCAGGAAACCCGUCAAAAACAGGAGCGUAAAGCUAAAGAAAAUGAACUCGCCGGAGAUACAUAUUCUUCCAAUCAAGAAGCAACGGCUCGCUGCCUUUUUUCCAAGAAAGUAAAUUAUGGGUUUUUAGAAUUUUAAGAUUAUUAUGAGAAGAAGAAGAAGAAGAAGAAAAAAAUAAUAAAAAAGAUGCACUUGGUUUUAAACUCAUUUAAAACUUUAAACUAUCUUUGUAAGUUAUUUUUGGGGGAAGGGGAAGAGGAUCGGAUGUAGAGUCCCUAUAAGCUGGGUUGGUUGGUUUUUUUUUUCUUUUGGGUUUUUUUUUUUUUGUUAUCGAAUUUUGACUUUUCAUGGGAAACUGAAUAAAAAGCAACCUAUUUUUCAAGCAGAUUGCACAUUUUGCAGCUUUAAUGGAGUAAGGGAUGAGUCAGAGGGGUAAGAGCUAUUUUCACUGCCAUAAAGUGCUUUGAUGAUGUAAUUCUUCAUAAUGGUCGGAAUGGACAUUUCAAAAUAAAUGUUUGUACGUGCUAAUUGGUUGCGGCAUUUUUUUUGUCAUUUCUGAGUUGCUUUCAGUGUACGGACAAGGUUUGGCAAAAAGUCUGUAAACUGUAAAGCGCCGCAGCUGACUUGUGACGAGCCUAAAAUGUUAAGAAAAAAAAAUAACAGGCUAAGAAAAAUUAUACUGUCCCGAGCACGCUGCAACAGCCGCUAACAAUGUGCCCAAACGAGCUUCUGGAGGAGCGAGAGUGAGCGAGCGGUACAGUGCACCUAACACCAGCUUCAUUGCGAGAGACCCACAGGAAACCAUCUUAAAAUAUUAAGCAAUAUUAGCGGUCAUUCAAAAGAGAAAAGCCUAAAAGUCAGGGGAAUUCGGUGGCCGAAGGGUGGGAGGGGAAGGAAGAGUCGCAUAAUUUUUCCCAGCCUGGUUACAGAUAUAUGGAAAAGUUGUUUAUUGUUAGUUUUCUAAGUUUCUUUGAUGGCUGAAAUCAAUGCACGUGAAAGAGCAGACCUGUGUAACUUUAUCACUCGGCAGUGUACGAGCCACCCACGUCAAUGGAGAAAUGUGAAUGUACAAUUAAAAUAAAAGUUCUGGUAGGUUACGGUUUUGCACUUGUGUAUGGAAAUGGGCUGGAGAUGCAUUGUUCUAUGUCAGCUUUUAAGUUCACACGGCUCGUUUGUAAAAACCCAUCCCCACAGAAGGACAAAUGCGAGGGCAGGAGAACAAUUUUCGGUGGG